AUGGUUGAUCCCGUACCAUUAGCUUUAACAUUUGCUCAAGAAAUUCUUACAGAAAAACAACGUACUGGACAAUCUCAUCGUAUAACUGGUGCUGUAACAUCAAAAGUUCAUAAUCCUGAAGAACGCUUUUAUAUUCAACCAUUAGCUAAUCACAGUGUAUUAAUUGGUAGUUUUCUACGUCAAUCAAAACCUAUUUUUUCAAAUGGUGUUCCAGAUACAUUUCAUUUUUCACUUCCAGCCGAUAAAUAUAAUGAUUUUCCUAAAAGCGAAUAUGAAACAUUAAGUACCGGCACUGAUAGUUUUACACCAGAUGACCAAUUAAUAAUGAAUGAAUCAGCUGAAAUUGAUAAUUAUUUCGUUGCAUCCGGUUCUAAUGGACAUGGUAUAGCACUUGCUAGUGGUGUUGGGAAAUAUACAGCUGAAUUAAUAUAUUAUGAAAAUACAAAUUUAAGAAAACAAUAUUCACUGAAGUAUCCAACUUAUAACGAAGUACUUGGUUACGAAUGGCCACUAUUUUUUAAACCAGAUGAAACAGGAAAAAAAGCUUUUGAAGAUUUAAGUAAACAAGGUAUACUUGGUAAAGCACGAUGA